AUGAACGAGUCGUCAAUCGAAAGCGACGAUGAGACAUUCAUGUCGCUGUCAUCGGUGAUCAGCACAAUCGAAACGUCGAGCUAUUUUCUGUGGCUGCGCCAAAACAGCAAACAUCUUCUGCCGAUUUUUUGUUUCGUCGGAAUUCUCGGAAAUUCGAUGGCGCUUAUCUUGAUCAGAACGAAUUUCUGGCUUCGACGCCUCACUUCCAACAUCUAUCUGUGCACGUUGUCGGUUUCCAGCUGCGUCUUCUUGGUCACCGUAAUCAUUUCAUGGGCGGACACUUAUCUCAAAUUACCCCUAUAUGGAGAAUCGGAGAUUGGAUGCAAGACGUUCACGUUCAUCGCGCAUUUUUCGGACUUUGUGUGUGUUUGGAUGAUCUCGUUGAUCUCGUGCGACCGAAUGAUCGUCCUCUUCCGGCCAAGAUUGCGACGUUGGGUCUGCACGAAAACGUUUGCACGCAACAUGACCAUCGGCACAGUGCUCACUUCGUGCGUCCUCUACAGCUGGGUCUUCGUGUUCGCCGGCCUCGAGUCGUAUGGAAAUGAAAACGAUCAAUUGUAUUUCUGCGGGCUGAGCAAUGAUGUCGACGUGUUUGGCUACAAAGUCAAUCAGCACUACUUUUUCUUCACUCUAAUGGACACUGCGAUUUGCACACUUCUUCCAGCGAUCCUCAUCAUCAUCGUCAAUUCAUUUUCGACUUACCGAUACCGUCAAUGCAUGAAAAUUUACUCAUCAGGAGUCCUUCGUGUUCGAUUCGUUCGAGCGCCGACGACCCAACAGCAGCAAUUGCAACUCAACAAUGACACCAUUCAAUUUGAGGAAACGACUGUCAAAAAGUAUUUGUUGAGCACUGACAAUCCGCACUCGAAUCUGCCGACGUGUUCGACGCAAUCGCGAAAUUGCGGAAAACUUCGAAGCUCGGAUUUGCAGCUCAGCAGAACUCUUUUGAUUGUUACUAGCACGUUCGUUCUUCUGAAUGUACCUAGUUAUGCGAUGCGAAUUCUUCAGCACAUCUUCAAUCCGAAAUCGCAUCUCUUUCAUUUUAUUCUUUUCGUCACUUACUUGAUUUACUACUUACAUCAUGCGGUUCUCUUCUAUAUGUACAUAUUCUGGAGCCCACAAAUGAAGAAGCAACUCAAACCGACAGCAAUGCGACUUCUCGAAUGCUAUUGCCUGAAAACGGUUCCCGAAUUUGGACAUCGAUCAUCAUCGACACAGGCAUUUAAAUAA